CUGUUCAACAUGGCGACCCAGUGGGGACUCUGCGGUGCAGGGAAGAUCAGCCACGAUUUCAGUGUGGCCAUGAAAACCCUCCCUCCUGGAGACCACCAGAUAGUGGCGGUGGCUGCGAGGAGUCUGGAGCGUGCCCGGGAGUUUGCCAAGAAGCACAGCAUCCCCAAGGCCUAUGGGAGCUAUGAAGAGCUGGCCAGCGAUGCAGAGAUUGACAUGGUGUACCUGGACGUGCUGCACACGGAGCACUGGCGCCUGGGCCUGCUGGUACUCCAGGCAGGGAAGAACAUGCUGUGUGAGAAGCCCUUCGCCAUGAACUCCAGGGAGGUGGGGGACCUCAUUGCUGCCUCCAUGAAGUUCAACGUUUUUCUCAUGGAGGCCAUCUGGUCCCGUUUCCCACUGCACAUGGAGGCUCGCAGACUGCUGGCUGAGGACGCCAUCGGCGAGGUAAAGCUGGUGAAGGCCUUUUCCGGCUCCCCUCAGCAUCACAUCCCCCGCUCGGUGGAGAAGGAGCUGGGAGGAGGCGCUCUGUUGGACAUUGGGGUCUACAUCUUGCAGUUUGUGCUGAUGGUGUUCAACGGGGAGAGGCCAGAGUCCAUCCAUGCCACUGGAGUUCUUCUCAACACAGGAGUGGAUGAGUCCAUGGUGGUGAUGUUUCCCAGGAACAGGCUGGCUUGCUGUUUCUUCUCCAUCACUGUUUCACUGCCUAACGACGCCACCAUCAGGGUUCUAGGUCCCAUGCAUUGUCCCACCACACUGGAGGUGAAUGGGAAGACGACACAGUACCCCCUGCCUGAGCCCUCUUUACCUCUGAACUUCACCAACAGCACUGGGCUGCGCUACGAGGCUGAGGAAGUCAGGCAGUGCCUGUAUGCAGGACUGAAGGGGAACCCCAGAAUGCCCCUGUCCGAGUCGGCCCUGCUCACUGAGAUUAUGGAUGAGUGCAGGAAACAGGUGAGAAUGGUCUUCAACCAGGACAGCCAAUAA